UAAAAGAACAAAUUACCUAUUCUCUACUGAGAUCCUUUCCCCAAAAUCCAAUCUCGGAGAAGAUUUUGGAGCAAAAUUCGGAAAUCUGAAAUUCAAACUCAAGUGAUGAAAUUCGGCGCUUCAAUUCUAUAGAUACCAUACUUGUCUCUAUCGCUCUUCCCACAAAUUAUCCGAGGGAACGUAGAGUGAGGGGAAGGGGUAGAUGGAGUGCAACAGAGAUGAGGCCUUGAGAGCGAAGGAAAUUUCCGAGAGGAUGUUUUUGGCAAGGGACAUUAAGGGGGCGAAGAAGUUCGCUCUCAAAGCUCAGAAUUUGUAUCCUGAACUAGAGGGCAUUUCUCAAAUGGUGAUGACGCUUGAGAUCUAUAUUGCUGCUGAAGAGGAGAAAUUGAAUGGAGAAUCAAAUUGGUAUGGCGUGCUUGGUUUGACCCCUUUAGCUGAUGAUGACUCGAUAAAGAAACAGUAUCGGAAACUGGCUCUUCAGCUUCAUCCUGAUAAAAACAGGUCUAUCGGGGCUGAAGGCGCGUUUCAGUUUAUCGCCCAAGCAUGGAAUUUUUUGUCGGAUAAGUCCAUGAGGACAGCGUACGACCAGAGGUGCGGUAGGCUAUUUCAGCAGAGAAAUAAAGGUAAGAAUGAGGGUCCUUCGCCAGAUGGAACACAAAAUGGAUUCUACAACUUUGCAAACACUGCUCAAAAGGGUAACAACAGUAAAAGGAAUCCUUCAGCUGUUCCUCAUCCACCUCGCAAGAAGGAACGCCACACAUUUUGGACUGUCUGCCAUCGUUGUAAAAUGCAAUAUGAAUAUCUUAGAAUGUAUCUCAAUCACAACCUUCUCUGUCCCAAUUGCCAUGAGGCCUACUUUGCAGUUGAAAUUGAUCCUCCAUCUUCUACGAAGAGUUCAAAGAUACCUCAGUCGAGCAAUUCUCAGCGACGGAAGAGCCAGCAGGCAUCUGAUGCUUGUAAAAAUAACUCAGGUACUCAUCACGCAACAGGCAAUAAUGGCUCCAAUCCGAAUAAUUUCCAGUGGGUCCCUUUUGGUGAGAACGGUGAUGGCCCAUCUGCUGUUAAAGCUGCUAAAAUGGUCCACCAGGCUUAUGAGAAAGUCAAACGGGAAAGGCAGAAAGCACAAGCUGCUGCAAGAAAAGAGGAGGCAUUGCGACGGAAAAAUGUUGGGUCCAAAAGGACAAUGGGUGGGGAAGCCUUCAGGAACUCUGAACCUUCCAAGAGAAGAAAAGGGGCAGAAGAUUGUGGUGCCAAUAAAGACAAAAUGAAACAGGCGAACUGCGAAAGUUGCAUCUCACAGCAAGUAAAUAUUUCUGGCUGUAAGCAGGAUAAUGUUCCGAAAUGUGAAAGCAGUCAUAAUGCCAUACGCCAUGUUGAUGCCAACCGUCUAGUGAUGGAGAAGGUUCGUGAUGAAAUACAAAUAAAACUCAAGGAGUGCAUCUCAGCUCCUGUGGUGAGGAAUGUGACCAGUGAGGAUAACCUUAUAAAUAAGAAACAAAAUGAAACUUCAACCAAAGCUGAUAUUCUUGACCCUCUGAAUAGACGGGGUUUCAGGUCUUCGGACUCUUAUCCGGAUGAGAAAGUUGUUGAACAAAUGUGCAUCAAUGUCCUGGAACCUGAUUUCCAUGAUUUUGAUAAGAGCAGAACAGAGAACUGUUUUGGUGCCAACCAAGUUUGGGCUGUGUACGAUGAUGAUGAUGGGAUGCCCCGGAACUAUGCCCUGAUUCAGAAUGUUAUAUCUCUAGAUCCCUUCAAGGUGACUAUAGGCUGGCUCAAUUCCACAACCCACAGCAGACUAGGAAAAGGAAGCUGGUUUGUAAGUGGUUUUACGAGUACAUAUGGGGAGUUUGGAGUCGGCAGACAUGAAAUUUGUGACUCGGCAAACUGUUUCUCACACAAGGCUAGGUGUACAAAAUACUCUUCUAAGACCAUUUUAAUUUAUCCUCGAAAAGGAGAUGUUUGGGCUUUGUACAGGAAUUGGUCCCCAGAGUGGAAUGAGCUCACCGAACACAGAUUAAUGCUCAAAUACGACUUGGUUGAAGUACUUGAAGACUGCGAUGAGGAGCUGGGCACAAUAGUCAUUCCCUUAGUUAAAGUUGCUGGCUUUAAAGCUGUUUUCCAUCAGCUUUUCGAUCCCAGUGAAAUACGAAGGAUCCCCAAGGAAGAACUUUCUCGUUUUUCUCACCAGGUCCCUUCCCAUUUGCUUACUGGCCAAGAAGGAUCGAAGUCACCUAAAGGUUGUCUUGAGUUGGAUCCAGCUGCCAUUCCUUCUCAAUUUCUUCAAGUUAUGUUGGACAUUGAAACAAUUGAGCUAGUGGAGAGUGAUGAGGAGAUCGAAACAGUGAAGGCAGUUGAUUGUGAUGAGGAGAUCGAAACAGUGAAGGCAGUUGAUUGUAUUGAGGAGAUCAAAACAGUGAUGGCUGUUGAUUGUGAUGAGGAGAUCGAAACAGUGAAGGCAGUUGAUUGUGAUGAGGAGAUCAAAACAGUGAAGGCAGUUGAUUGUGUUGAGGAGAUCGGAACAGUGAAGGCAGUUGAUUGUAUUGAGGAGAUCAAAACAGUGAAGGCAGUUGAUUGUGAUGAGGAGAUCGAAACAGUGAAGGCAGUUGAUUGUGAUGAGGAGAUCAAAACAGUGAAAGCAGUUGAUUGUGUUGAGGAGAUCGGAACAGUGAAGGCAGUUGAUUGUGAUGAGGAGAUCGAAACAGUGAAGGCAUUUGAUUGGGAUCCUAUUACCAGUUCAAAUGUGGUAGAAGUUUCAGAAGAUGAGAAAAUGGAAUGUCCUUAGUUUAGUGCAUGGUAGAAAUCAAGCAAUGACCCCGGCAAAAGCUAGACAUUUCUAGCUGAUUGUUUUAUUCGUGUUGGUCAUAUAUUCGAUGCAGGAGAAUAUUUAUAGCAAACGAACCAAGGCAUAGAGACGCAUUAGGAUGCUGAAACACAUCAUGAAGAGCCAUGAAAAGUUGCGGAUUGAUGGUGAUUUUCUUGGAUCCUUAGCUUUCUUGGUCUUUUUUUGCCAUGCCAACACAGUGCUAGAAUUGCACGAACUGCGUGGCCUCCUGUUUCGCGACUCAACAGGUAUGUAGGCGGGAGCUGUAUAUACUAGUGGUUGCUAGUCUGAGAUUUAUGAAGCAACUCUUUUUCAUUACUACUAUAGUGUUAACAUGCCAUACCUCUUUUUCUAUUUAGAUUUUGAUCAUUUUGUUCAAUAUUUCAUGUUCAAACACCGUUGAAAUACUGUGGCUUUGAUCUGCAAAGCGAGACUCUUAACUGUAUUGACUCUCAUUUUUUAUAAUUUCGUUAAGUUUUAGACUUGAUGCA